CGGGGCCGCCCCUUCCGCCCGCAGCCCCGCCUCGGCCCGGGACGCGCGGUUAGGAUUUGACUAUGGCAGUGCAGUUCCUGCGGAAGGCAUCUGUGUGGUUAAAGAAGCACAAGAUCACUGUGUUGGCCGUUUCUUGCGUGGGACUGCUUGGCACUAACCUUUCCUAUCAUGUGUUUCCUGAGCAGACAUUCAAACUGCUGCACGAAUGCUGGUCAGAGGGGCAGCCAGCUGAGCUUUCAGAGAAGCUCUGUGGUGUGUUUCAGGAUGUCCUUCAAGAUACAGGUGUGAAGUCCACUGACUCCUACAGAGCCUUUGCAGCUUCUAGCUUCCACCCUGUGAGUGCUGGAAUUCCCUGGCUGCCAGCAGGUUCUUUGGUGGGCAUCCCGCCUAACUUUGAUAGCACAGCUGAGGAUAAAAAAGGAAUAGUCAACCACGUUGUUGUAAUAAAUGGCAAGGAAGUAGACUGGGAGAGCAGUGAAGGCGUGGCUUUGAAGGAAGCUCUCACCUUUUCACUUAAAGCUCAGAAAUUUGCCAUUGCCAGAGAAGUUGUGUACUUACAGAAUGGCAGCCCUUUAGCAAGUGCAGUUGUGGCUCCGACUUGCUUGGCUGGGACGUUUGUCUGUGGGAGAGCUCUAAAGCUGCUUCUGGGGUUAUCCACGGGCCCCGUGAUCCUCCGUGGCCUCUGUAACCUCGUCACUGCCAUGGGAGGACUGCUCUGCUACUGCGUCUCUUCCGACGCUGUCACCUAUCGCCUGGACUGCAGGGCUGACAGGAAGGCAGCCAUGCUUUCCGAGGACUACGCCAGAGGUGGCCUUGAAUUUUAUGAUAAAAUCUUGUCCCGCAACAGGAUUUUUCGUGGUCUGAUGGGCAAACAAGGAGUGAAAAUGUAUGCCCCGAGUGGUAACCUUUUCCCAAGGCACUGGUUCAGAAUAAAGUAUACCCCAUACACUUACCGGAGAACUUUGAUUGUUAAUAUUUUAAGAGAGCUCCAGGCAUCAGAUGGGAGUGCUUGAAUUUUAAACUUGUGAAUUAUGUAUUUUGGAACACCGCUGUGCUGCUUUUUUUUUCCCUUCUGUAUCUUCAUUAGAAUUUUGGGGUUUAUUUUUGCAUAUAGUUUGGGAAGAGUUAUUGCACGUUUCCUGAAUAAAAAAAUUCUCUCUUAAAAUAUUAAAGCCUUGCUUCCAAAGUGCUCAGUUCUGUGUGCAUCUCAAAUCACAAGACUGCUGAGGAGGGAAACUUUUCAGACACUGAUUCGAAGUUCUGCUGCACUGCUUUGCCUUCCUGCCCUUUCAGUCUGGCAAAUUGAGAGGGGCAAGUCCAAUGGAGAGUUUUGGGAUCAUUAUCGUUUAAACUGGGGUGUUUGCUGUUUUUCCUGUGGAACAACACAAAGAUGUUUAAAAAAAUGGGCAGUCUGUAUCCUGUGGUUACAUAAAUACCAAGAUACAGUGUUUCUGUUCUGUGUAAGUUCUUGUGCUGUGGAAAUUCUUAUGCUACAAUCACCAUUCUUCAGUAGGGCACAUUAGUUAUGCUGCACUUCCUACCAGUACAGGCAGAGUAUUACCAGCACCUGCAUCAUUUGCUUAAAUAUAGUUCUACUGUCUCCAGGACAUGGUGACUGCAGCAUCACCAUGGAUAUUUCCCAGGAGCAGUAGUAUGUAACAGGACUGUUGUGGGUUGGUUGUUUUCUCACAAGUGGGAUAAGUGUGUUGAGAAGAGGUUUUUCUGCUUGCUUUGGUAUAGUUUUUUGUUUCAUUUAAAAAUACACAUAGGUGUAUGUCACCUGUUAUGUCAAUGAAGGCAAGGUAUGAGACAUAAGUCUGGCAUUUAGUGCAGAAAUUGAUGAGGUCUUUGAUGAAGAGUUGCCAAAGGAAAUUACUCUCCUGUAUCCAGCUGGCUUAAGAAGAUUUUGUCUGGCAGGCCAAGCUUUGCCCAGGAUUACUAAUCUUCUGGAGACGUCUUUAGUGCAUGGGCAGUAAACUUUCCACUAUAGCCUCACCUUGAUUUUUCAAGGUGAUAAUUCUCAAACUUUGUGGUUCCCUCUUUUCUAUGUUUUUAUUGCUGUUCCAGUAGCUCUCCCUGGUGACAUCAGAGUAAUUCUCCUCUUCUCAGCUCUGUCAUCAUUCUUACUGGCAACUUCUAUUUUGUGUCUUCUCAGUCAGAGAUGUGCUGAGUGUUGUCUUUGCCCUAGCUUUGUCCUUUCUUCAUCUGCUACAAUAAGAACUGUCAUGCCUGUGUUUGCUCAAAGCAUUACUGAGUUCUGUUUUCGUUUUGAAUCACACAGUGACAUAAAGUUGACAUUCUGGCUGCUGAAACACUGCUGUUGCUUUCCAUUGCUGAAGCCAUGCAUGUGAGAUGUUUGAGUUUCUGCUGAAGUAAUCUGUGCCAUGUGCUUCUGAAACAUCACUUACUGCUUGCACUUGUCCUCAUCUCAUCAAGUCAUGAGAUGUCUCUAGUGCUUUUUUGGCUGUAGGGCAUAAAGCUAUUGUUUUUGUGUCCUUUGUGAAAGAGUUUGAUAAAAUUUCCUGGUCUGUGGAAUAAAGAGACUUCACCUCUAGGCAGGGGUCUUUAAAAGCUUCAGGCUCAAUUUUAUUUGACUUGUCUUCCAGGCAAAUCCAAUAUAAGGCAUCACAGAAGUUCAUUGGUAGUGUGACAUAGUGAUUCAAGACUGGAAUAUAUUCCUGGUUUAUAUAGCCUGUGAGCUCAGUUCAUCUUCCUGUUACUCCUUCAGACGAGUCUAAACUCCAUGAAAUAUUCUCAGAGAGAACUUGGCCCACUUGGUUUAUGUGGUUGAAGGAGCUGCUGCUACAUAAAGAGCGCAGAGAGGAAAUCAAAGCCAUCUUGGAGAUUUACAAGUAGCAAUUUAAACAAAAUUAAAGUAAUCCGCUUGUCUUUUACCA